AUGGCUCUAAAAAUAAUCCCCCUCAACUUGCAAAUAACUAAUCAUGAUAAUGCUGAAGAACCUGACCACAAUUCUGGUGAGAAGAUCCCAUACCGAAGCAGACCGCGCGACGUCCUCCAUGAGCUGCUUAUCACGCAAGCUUUAUCCCCGCCAGAUAUACUUCCCCCAAUCUGGAAUGGAUUCAUUCGCUUGUAUGGCGCAGCCUUGGUUUCUGGGGCAUAUCCGUCCAUUUUAAUGCGGUCGUGGCAUGAUUACGAGUCUAAAUUCGGCUCUGAAAAUCUUCCCCCCUCGCUCCUGGAUCAGUUUAUGGAUGACCAGCACUAUAUGAUCUUGCUUUUGGAAUAUGGGGGCGUCGAUUUAGACCAUUUCCCUCUGACAACACUUCCUCAAUUGAAAAGCCUUUUUUCGCAAUUGGAUUAUGCGUUUGAGCAUCGAGAUCUUCAUUUGGGCAAUAUUUUAAUACAAUCCUGCGACGACCCACAUCAUCACAACGAUGGCAGCAAACGUGAUGCGGUGGUUUGUCAAAAAGUACCCAUGUUCAUUCCUGUGCCUUCCGAAUUCAGUGGGGUAUUACCAGAAAAUUUUGCAUCCAGCGGGAUUCAGGCCACAAUAAUCGAUUAUUCGCUUUCACGCCUGCAACCAAGUGCCUUUUGUUUCAGCUUAAUUUAG